AAAUUCUAUCGAUAAUUUAUCAAGAUUUCUCAAAGAUCAUCAAGCCUUUAAACAACUGAUUGAAUAAAGAUAAGUCAUUUAUUUUUGAUAAUGCAUGUUUGCUUGCUUGAAGGUUUAAAAAGAUAAAAAAUAUAAGACUAAAAAGCACUUAAACAAAAACAAAAGAACAAUUUGGGUCAAACGGUGCACAUAGUAUGCACGGGUGUAACUAGCAAAAGUCUGUAAAUUUCACAUUAGAGAUUGCCGGUACCGGUGCGGAAAAGGCCACACAACAAUCGGCAACUUUGUUGAUUUUCGAAAAUGGUUUCUCUCCCUGACGAACUUUGGAGCAGAAUUCUCGAAAUCGGUAUCGGAAACAGCACUUUGACCUACAAGGACCUCUGCUGCGUCUCCAUCACAUCCCGUCUCCUUCGACGCCUCUCCUCCGAACACUCUCUUUGGAACCGCCUUCUCUCCUCCGACUUCCCUCUUUCACCUUCUUAUUUUCCUUCUUCUUCAUCGUCUUCUUCCAAAUCCCUUUAUAAACUCAGGUUUGAGAUAGACAAGGAGAGGAAAAUAGCAGCUCAUAAGAGGGCUAUACUGAGAAAAGAAAGCCAGAUUUCCGAACAUUCUAGAAGGCUCCAUGAUAUUCAGAAACUCGUGUCUCAAGAAAAAAUCAAAGCUAUUCAAACUUCUCAUGAGUUCUCACAUUUGCUUAGGGUCAGAGAAGCUUCUGUAGCUUUGAAUGUAUGGCAACCCGAGGUUGUCCGGGGUCGGCAAAAGCAGAUGGUGGAACAAUGUGGUGUGCCCGCCGAAUCUCGGAUCCGUACGCUGGAGAUGGAACUUAAGCUUUGUAAGCAGCAGAUUAUGGGGUUGGAGAAGUCUCAUAGAGACGAAAAACGCAGGCUUGAUGCUGCAAAAAAAGAGUUGGAAUCUAUGAAGUAUCAUCCUCUCCAGGAGAAGAAGCGCGUGAGUGGAGGGGAGAAUGAACGGAUCGUCAAGCAAAAGAAGUUGAAAAACUGCAAUAGCUUGCGUGAAAAACAAUACAAAACACAAUGAGUCGAUGUACAUUUUGCAACAUGAUGCCAAGAAGAAUGCUAUAUUGCUCUAAAUUUAAGAAUUUGAUGUCAUUGAUGCAACACUGUAUUCUAUGCUCUGCUGCUACUUAUAUGAUGAACACUAGUAAAUAUCAUAUUGUACAAACUCUGCUGCUACUUGUAUGUACGUUUGUGCUGUUUAUUGAGAACCUUAAUUUUUAUGCUUUA